AGCGGGGACGCGGGGCGCGCUGUCGGGCGGAGGCGAGGUUCGGGCCGGUUGUGCCGUUGCGAGGCUGCGGCUGGGAUCAGUGUGGUGGGCCCAGAAUUGUAUCCUGACUUUGUAAAUUGGAGAAGCCAGCAGCACUGCCAGUGUUCUUUUGAGGUAGUCUCUUUUUGGGAUCUGGUGCAAGUUGAAUCUUUGUUCAAAUAAGGUGUAAUUGAAGAGUGACCCUCUCUUCUCAGAGAUGUCAAAAACAAACAAAUCCAAGUCUGGAUCUCGCUCUUCUCGGUCAAGAUCUGCGUCAAGAUCUCGUUCUCGUUCAUUUUCAAAGUCUCGGUCCCGAAGUCGAUCUGUCUCUCGUUCGAGGAAGCGCAGGCUGAGUUCUAGGUCUCGUUCCAGAUCAUAUUCUCCAGCUCAUAACAGAGAGAGAAAUCACCCAAGAGUAUAUCAGAAUCGGGAUUUCCGAGGUCACAACAGAGGCUAUAGAAGGCCCUAUUAUUUCCGUGGGCGCAACAGAGGCUUUUAUCCCUGGGGCCAGUAUAACCGAGGAGGCUAUGGAAACUACCGUUCAAAUUGGCAGAAUUACCGGCAAGCAUACAGUCCGCGUCGGGGCCGUUCCAGAUCCCGGUCCCCAAAGAGAAGGUCCCCUUCACCAAGGUCCAGGAGCCAUUCUAGAAACUCCGAUAAGUCUUCCUCUGACAGGUCAAGGCGGUCCUCAUCCUCUCGUUCUUCCUCCAACCACAGCCGAGUUGAAUCUUCUAAGCGCAAGUCUGCGAAGGAGAAAAAGUCCUCUUCCAAGGAUAGCCGGCCAUCUCAGGCUGCUGGGGAUAACCAGGGAGACGAGGCCAAGGAGCAGACGUUCUCUGGAGGCCCCUCUCAAGAUACAAAAGCAUCUGAGAGCUCGAAGCCAUGGCCAGAUGCCACUACAUACAGUGCUGGUUCUGCAUCACGGGCCUCGGCAGUUUCUGAGCUGAGUCCUCGGGAGCGAAGCCCUGCUCUCAAAAGCCCCCUCCAGUCUGUGGUGGUGAGGCGGCGGUCACCCCGUCCUAGCCCGGUGCCAAAACCUAGCCCUCCACUUUCCAGCACAUCCCAGAUGGGCUCAACUCUGCAAAGUGGUGCUGGGUACCAGGCUGGGACACACCAAGGUCAGUUUGACCAUGGUUCUGGGUCCUUGAGUCCAUCCAAAAAGAGCCCUGUGGGUAAGAGUCCACCGGCCACUGGCUCCACGUAUGGCUCAUCUCAGAAGGAAGAGGCUGCUGCUUCAGGAGGAGCAGCCUAUACAAAGAGGUAUCUAGACGAGCAGAAGACAGAGAAUGGAAAAGAUAAGGAACAGAAACAAACAAAUACCGAUAAGGAGAAAAUGAAAGAGAAAGGGAGCUUCUCUGACGCGGGCUUGGGUGAUUCGAAAAUGAAAUCUGAUCCGUUUGCUCCCAAAACUGACACUGAGAAGCCUUUUCGGGGUAGCCAGUCUCCCAAAAGGUAUAAGCUCCGAGAUGACUUUGAGAAGAAGAUGGCUGACUUCCACAAGGAGGAGAUGGAUGAUCAAGAUAAGGACAAAGUUAAGGGGAGGAAGGAAUCUGAGUUUGAUGAUGAACCCAAAUUUAUGUCGAAAGUCAUAGCAGGUGCAAACAAAAACCAGGAGGAGGAGAAGUCAGGCAAAUGGGAGGGCCUGGUGUAUGCACCUCCAGGGAAGGAAAAGCAAAGGAAAACAGAGGAGCUGGAGGAGGAGUCUUUCUCAGAGAGAUCCAAAAAGGAGGAUCGGGGAGGGCCCAAGAGAAGCGAAAGUGGGCACAGGGGGUUUGUGCCUGAAAAGAAUUUCAGAGUGACAGCUUACAAAGCAGUCCAGGAGAAAAGCUCAUCACCUCCCCCGAGAAAGACCUCUGAGAGCCGAGAGAAGUCAGGAGCCAAAGGAGACUUCUCCACAGGGAAGUCUUCCUUUUCCAUUACUCGAGAGGCCCAGGUCAAUGUCCGGAUGGACUCUUUUGAUGAGGACCUUGCAAGACCCAGUGGCUUAUUGGCUCAGGAGCGCAAGCUUUGUCGGGAUCUAGUCCAUAGCAACAAAAAGGAACAGGAGUUUCGUUCCAUUUUCCAGCACAUACAGUCAGCUCAGUCUCAGCGGAGCCCCUCAGAACUGUUUGCCCAGCAUAUAGUGACCAUUGUUCACCAUGUUAAAGAGCAUCACUUUGGGUCCUCAGGAAUGACAUUGCAUGAACGCUUUACUAAAUACCUAAAAAGAGGAACUGAGCAGGAGGCAGCUAAAAACAAGAAAAGCCCAGAAAUACACAGGAGGAUAGACAUUUCCCCCAGUACAUUCAGAAAACAUGGUUUGGCUCAUGACGAAAUGAAAAGUCCCCGGGAACCUGGCUACAAGGCUGAGGGAAAAUACAAAGAUGAUCCUGUUGAUCUCCGCCUUGAUAUUGAACGUCGUAAAAAACAUAAGGAGAGAGAUCUUAAACGAGGUAAAUCAAGAGAAUCAGUGGAUUCCCGAGACUCAAGCCACUCGAGGGAAAGAUCAGCUGAGAAAACAGAGAAAACUCAUAAAGGAUCAAAGAAGCAGAAGAAGCACCGGAGAGCACGAGACCGGUCCAGGUCAUCAUCCUCUUCCUCCCAGUCAUCUCGUUCCUACAAAGCAGAAGAAUACACUGAGGAAACAGAAGAGAGAGAGGAGAGCACCACGGGCUUUGACAAAUCAAGACUGGGGACCAAAGACUUUGUGGGUCCAAGUGAAAGAGGAGGCAGAGCUCGAGGGACCUUUCAGUUUCGAGCCAGAGGGAGAGGCUGGGGUAGAGGCAACUAUUCUGGUAACAACAACAGCAGCAGCAGCAACGAUUUUCAAAAGAGAAACCGGGAGGAGGAGUGGGACCCUGAGUACACGCCCAAGAGCAAGAAGUAUUACCUGCAUGAUGACCGUGAAGGCGAAGGCAGUGAGAAGUGGGUGAGCCGGGGCCGGGGCCGAGGAGCCUUUCCCCGGGGUCGGGGCCGUUUCAUGUUCCGGAAAUCCAGCACCAGCCCCAAAUGGGCCCAUGACAAGUUCAGUGGGGAGGAAGGGGAGAUUGAAGACGAUGAGAGUGGGACAGAGAACCGAGAAGAGAAGGACAAUUUACAGCCCACAACUGAGUAGGGGCCACUCUGACGGGAGCCCCUGCCCAGGGGAGAGAGGCGCCGGGAAGAUGGCUGGUGAGAAGCUGAACAGAGGAGCCUCUAGAAGAUUCUGAAAAUCCCACCCCCUACCCCCACUGGAUGUGCAGAAUCCUGCUACAGCCGAAAGCAUCCCUGGCGCUGCGUCCCACUGGACAGAGGCGGCCGGCCGCAGAACCUGGGGUCAGGCCCAGCUCUUGAGCAGAACACAACAUGUUGGGUUUUAGCUGUGUUUCUCAUUUGUUGUUGGUGUGUGGGGUGGGGGCUGGGGUAGGGAGGGAAGAGCGAUUCUUGGAUUUUGGUUUGUUCCCUAUUAGAAACCAACAGUUUUGUUCUUCAUUUCAUUUCAUUUGGAGCUAAGAGGACUUAUUUGAUGAUUUUCAUUCUCUUCUCCCUUAUCCUGAUUUUAAAAGCCCUUUUUCUUUUCUUUUUUUUUCUAGGCAUAUGUAGUAACAUUAGCAGAAAGAUUUAAUUUGGGCAACUUUGAUUCUUAAAAGAGAAAACAAAGCAUGUGAAUAAACGUUGAAGUGUUCACCUCAGUUUGGGACCAAACUGCUUGGAUCUUUGUAAAAUCGCUUUUGUAUGUCGAGGAGGA